AUGAGUGAAGAUAUUUUGCAUCGGAUUAGAAUUACUAAUCAAAAUCCUGAUAUUCAAUUCUCCGCAGAAAUAUACAAUGAGGCUUUAAUUAUGAUUGAGGAUAUUUGUAUUCUUAUUUCAAACAUGCCACUCAUCCAUUUUGGCAUGCCGGCGCCGAACCGCCCAGCAGUAGAUAUCAUCAACAGUGAUGUUCAACGUGAACACCAGUUUGAUAAGACUUCGUUGGCUACUUUUGUUGCUAAUAAUGAACAAUUGCUUACAGCUGAACAACGAAAUGUAUAUGAUCAAAUUAACGUAUCAAUUGCAGCACAACAAGGUGGAUUCUUUUUUUUGGAUGCACCAGGUGGCACUGGUAAAACCUUUCUCAUCUCACUGAUACUUGCGCGCAUUCGAUCACAAAAUCAUAUUGCAUUGGCCAUUGCUUCAUCAGGCAUUGCAGCGACGUUACUUGAUGGUGGACGGACUGCGCAUUCAGCACUUAAGUUACCUUUGAAUGUUCAUACAAAUCCCGAAGCAAUGUGUAACAUAAAGAAGCAUUCCGGCACGGCUGAAGUUUUGAGAAAAUGCAAAAUUAUUAUUUGGGAUGAAUGUACAAUGGCCCACAAGCAUUCGCUUGAAGCUCUCGACAGGUCCCUGAAGGAUAUCAAAGAUAAUACUAGGCUUUUCGGUGGUGCUCUACUGCUACUGUCUGGUGAUUUCAGGCAAACAUUGCCAGUAAUUCCACGUGCGACAUAUGCAGACGAAGUAAACGCAUGUUUGAAGGAAUCUUAUCUAUGGCGGAGUGUCAGUAAAUUGAGCCUUACUAUCAAUAUGCGCGUUCAACUACAAAAUGAUCCAUUAGCGUCAGGAUUCUCUGAACAAUUGUUAGACAUUGGCAACGGUAAAAUUCAACUGUAUGAAGAUACCCAAUUUAUUAAAUUUCCAGAGAACUUUUGCAACAUGGUGGCUACCAAAGAUGAAUUAAUAAAUAGUAUCUUACCAGAUUUAAGAUAUAACUAUACUAAUCAUGAAUGGCUACGAGAGCGAGCUAUUUUAGCUGCAAAAAAUUUAGAUGUAGACGCCAUCAAUUUUAAAAUACAACAGUCAUUGCCUGGUAAUGAAAUUACAUUUAAAUCAAUUGACACCGUUGUUGAUCCUGACGAAGUGGUCAACUAUCCAGUAGAAUUUUUGAAUUCUUUAGAUUUACCUGGAAUGCCACCACAUAAUUUGCGACUGAAGAUUGGCUCACCUAUAAUUUUGCUUCGUAAUUUAAAUGCCCCGAGAUUGUGUAAUGGCACGCGAUUAGUUAUAAAAAAAAUCAUGGGCAACAUUAUUGAAGCGAAUAUUUUAUCUGGAAAAUUCCAAGGUGAAAUUGUACUUUUACCGCGGAUCCCAAUGAUUCCUUCAGAUUCACCUAUACCAUUUAAACGCUUACAAUUUCCGAUCCGUUUGGCAUAUGCUAUGACUAUUAAUAAGUCACAAGGUCAAACGAUGACAUUUUGUGGCUUAGAUUUAGAAAAUCCGUGUUUUUCUCACGGCCAAUUGUACGUUGCGUGUUCCAGAGUUGGAAAACCAUCGAGUUUGUUUGUUUAUACUCCUCAUGGACUAACUAAAAAUAUUGUACAUCCAAUGGCAUUACGAUAA